CCGAUUCUGUCUCACUCAUAAUUAAUGAGUGUUUAUUUACGUUAUCAUUGCCAUCAUUGGCUAAACAACUAAGCAAAGCAUAACAAAAUGAAAAAUGUCUCUCAUGAGAACGGUUUCGUCUGCUGGAAAUAAAACCUCAACAGUUCUAAAUUUUUUAAGAUUAGUGUCUUCAUCUGCUGUGAUAAGAGCAAAUGCAGGUGGUGAAGGCUGGCUUAGUAAAUUGUUGCAUGUACGAAAAAUAGAUCCUGGAAAAGAUUCACAUUCAAAAUUACUUUCUGAUACUGAGAGGGUUUAUGAAUUACAAAUUCAUGAUGUAAAGCCUGAAUGCAUUGAUCCUUAUUUGAAAGAUUAUGAAAAUUUAAGAAAUAAACUCCAGGAUGUUUCAAAAUCUUCUGAAUUAGUUGGGAGUUGGAGAGUUGAAAUUGGAAACCAGGAUCAAUUUGUACAUAUUUGGCGGUACAAUAAAGGAUAUAAAAAUGCCAAUGAAGUUUUAACAUUAUAUCAUGAAGAUCAAGAGCUACAUUCAUUGACUAAAAGUCUAGUCAAAAACGUAAUAUGUCGCACUAAUCAAUACAUGCUGCCUUUCAGCUAUUGGGGUGAUCCUGAACCUCAAACCCGGAAUAGCAUGUACGAAAUAAGGUCAUAUGUUUUAAAGCCUGGAACCAUGAUUGAAUGGGGAAAUAAUUGGGCUAGAGGUAUUACUUAUAGAAAAAGCAGUGCUGUAGCUGGUUUCUUUUCACAAAUUGGACAACUUUAUAUGGUACACCAUAUAUGGAGUUAUAAAGAUCUUAUGAGUAGAAAAGAAUUCCGUGAAGCUGCAUGGAGGAAGCCGGGCUGGGAUGAAUGUGUUGCAUAUACCGUACCUCUAAUUCGUGAGAUGAAGAGUCGUUGGUUACGUCCCACAUCAUUUUCUCCAAUCAAAUGAAACUUGUUCCUGAAAGCUUGUUGCUGUUGUCUUAGAAAUGCAGCUGAACACUCUUGUAUAAUGCAUUUUAGAUACAAUUACACAACUUGUAAAAAUUUAUCUAUUUAAAUAAUAUGGAUUAUAUCUUGAUAUAUUUUUGUGUAUUCAUUCAUUUCUAAUUUAAAUACUUAAAAUGAAGCUAUUUUUUCAGGAUUGUCUAAUAAAUGAUUUCCAUAUUACUGUGAUAAACAUAUAAAAACCGUAUUAUCAAAAUAUUUUUUUCAGUUAUAUUACUUUAAAGUAAUAUUUUACAUAAUAUCAGACUAUAUAUUUUAUUAAUGCGACAUUUUUAAGAGAAAAUUAUAAUACAGAAAUUAUACUGGAUUAUAUCAAAAUAAUGGAAUUUGAUAAAUUCUAAAUUAUAUCAAUUACAUGUUUCACAUGCAUAGUAUGAUAAAUGUAUGUCAAUAUGACAUUUAUUAUCUUGUACAAAAGUUUAAUGUGAUAAAAGAAAUAAAAAUGGUGCUGAGAAAUUAUAAUUUUAUAAUGAAUUAAAAAAGUUUUAUCUUUUUAAAAAAAAUAGUCAAUGGACAUUGCUUUUUUGCAAAUGUCUUGAUUUGUACGUACAUAAGAAAAUUUUGUUUUGAAAUUUAUUAAUAUCUUAUAUAUAUUUUUAACUUCUUGAAAAUUAUAAUUUUUUUGUCACAAAUAUUUUUCAAGAAAUAUUUUUUACUCAUAAUUUUUUUUUCAAUCUGUAAAAAGUUUUGUAAAUUGAAUGAUUGUAAUGUUUACGGGUGUUAAAAAGGAAAAAAAUGUUACAUUUUUGUAAACUGUGUAUAGAAAGUUUCAUUUGUAAAAAUGAAAAUUUUCAUAUUAAAAUAACAUUGAAUGACUGAAAAGCAAUUAUUAAUUAUUAAUUUACGGGUGUUAAAAAGAAAAAAUGUUAAUUUUUUGUAAACUGUGUAUAGAAAGUUUCAUUUGUAUAAAUGAAAAUUUUCAUAUUAAAAUAACAUUGAGCGACUGAAAACCAAUUAUUAAUUUAUGGGUGUUAAAAAGAAAAAAAUGUUAAAUUUUUGUCAACUGUGUAUAGAAAGUUUCAUUUGUAUAAAUGAAAAUUUUCAUAUUAAAGUAACAUUGAACGACUGAAAACCAAUUAUUAAUUUACGGGUGUUAAAAAGAAAAAGAUGUUACAUUUUUGUAAACUGUGUAUAGAAAGUUUCAUUUGUAUAAAUGAAAAUUUUCAUAUUAAAGUAACAUUGAACGACUGAAAACAAAUUAUUAAUUUACGGGUGUUAAAAAGAAAAAUUGUUAAAUUUUUGUAAACUGUGUAUAGAAAAUUUCAUUUGUAUGAAUUAAAAUUUUCAUAUUAAAGUAACAUUGAACGACUGAAAACAAAUUAUUGAUUUUUUUUAAUAUUCUGUAAUAUAAUUGAUUUUAUUGUAUUGUCCAAUUAUACUGUUGUAUAAAAACAUUAAUUAGUGCCACUUAAAAGCUGUUUUGAUGAUUUAUAGAUUUAAUGUUUGUGAUGUAUCCAUAAAUGAUUGAAUAAAAUAAUUGUGCUAGUUUUUCAAUUA